AUGCUGACAUACAACUGCACUACUAGAUCUACUUGUGUCAUCAAGUUCACUGAUGAUACAACUGUGUUUGCAGAUGAUAUAAAGAAUGGUGGGGGGUCAGGUAGUAUUGAUGAAACAGGAAAGUUGCAGAAGGGCUUUGACAGAUUAGGAGAACAGGCCGAGUGGCUAGUUCGACACUCAACCCGGCACGGAUGGAAAGCAUGCUCGGGGUGGCCCGACCUGGAUUCGAACUCGGGAACCUUCGCUCUGGAGUCAGGCGCUGAUCUCACUGCGCCACCAGCCCGAGGGGCUAUAGCUGCAAACCCGCUCACAGGGCGUGUUAUUGGUGGACACGAGGCAGUGCCACACAGCUGGCCAUGGCAGGUCUCUCUGCAGUUUGCUUAUGACUUUGAUCCUAACUACUUCCAACAUAUGUGUGGUGGAACCAUAAUUGCUGGAUCCUGGGUUAUGACUGCUGCACAUUGCAUUCUUUCCUACCCAGGAAGAUAUGCUGUUGUCCUCGGAGAGCAUGAUCUGCAACAAAAAGGCAAUGAAUAUUUGAGACAUGUUGAUUUAAUCAUCCGUCAUGAGAGAUGGAACCCAAUGUCGCUCACAAAUGGAUAUGACAUUGCCCUACUCCAUCUGGAGCAGCCUGCGUAUUCAACUCCUGAUGUAGAAAUAGCUCACUUACCAGCUGCUGGAGAUAUCGUUCCUGAUGGGUAUCCCUGUUACAUCACAGGAUGGGGAUUAACCAGACCUUACGGUGAUAUUUCUUCCAAACUACAAGAAGCCUUGCUCCCAGUGGUGAGCUAUGAUAAAUGCUCAUCACCAUACUCGUGGUCAACCGCGGUCACCAAAGACAUGAUCUGUGCAGGGGGUGAUGGUUAUACAGCUGGUUGUCAGGGAGAUUCUGGUGGCCCUUUGAAUUGUGCAAAUGAAGCUGGAAUCUGGGUUGUCCAGGGUAUUGUAAGCUUUGGGCCAGUUUCCUGUAUAGAAGAAAGGUAUCCGACUGUUUUCACUCGUGUAUCAUCUUUUACUGAAUGGAUUUUCAAGAUUGUGCAACAAUAUGGUGGCCGUUAAGACAAUUCCUACAUGCUAUUAACUGUGACGUCAAGCAGAAAUGUGAAAUAUACACUUGUAUAUUUUAAUCUGAACCUGUCAAUAAAGUGGUAUUA